CCGUCCCGUCCCGUCCCAUCCCGUCCGCCCGGACUUUACCUCCCGGUCGGGCCCGGCUCCGUUCCGGGCCAUGUGAGGAGAGGAGCGGGGCCGGGCCGCGGGGCCGUCACCGGCAGCGCGAUGGAGCGCAGGAAAGUGUUCGUGGUGCUCGACGUGCUCUGCCUGGCGGUCGCGUCUCUGCCCUUCAUCAUCCUGACGCUGGUGAACUCCCCGUACAAACGGGGCUUCUACUGCAACGACGACUCCAUCCGCUACCCCUAUAAGGCAGACACCAUCACCCACGGCCUCAUGGCCGGGGUCACCAUCACCUGCACCGUUGUCAUCCUCUCAUCAGGGGAGCUGUACCUGGUCUACACCGAGCGCCUCUAUUCCAAGUCGGAAUUCAACAACUACCUGGCUGCCCUAUACAAGGUGGUGGGGACCUUCCUCUUUGGGGGGGCCAUCAGCCAGUCCCUCACUGACCUGGCCAAGUACAUGAUCGGCCGCCUCCGGCCCAACUUCCUGGCUGUCUGCAAUCCCGACUGGUCCAAGGUGAACUGCUCCAUCUACGUGCAGCUGGAAAACGUCUGCCAAGGGGACAGCAGGAACGUCACCGAGUCCAGGUUGUCCUUCUACUCGGGCCACUCUUCCUUUGGGAUGUACUGCAUGAUGUUCCUGGCGCUCUAUGUGCAAGCCCGGCUGGUGGGGAAGUGGGCCCGGCUGCUGCGUCCCACCAUCCAGUUCUUCCUCAUCACCUUCGCCAUCUACGUGGGCUACACCAGGGUGUCCGACUACAAGCACCACUGGAGCGAUGUGCUGGUGGGGCUGCUCCAAGGGGCUCUCAUUGCCGUCCUCAUUGUCCGAUACGUAUCCGACUUCUUCAAGCAGCGUCCCCCUCAGCCGAGUGAUGGGAAGGACCCAGAGCGCAAACCCAGCCUCCCACUCACCAUGAGCGACCCCGACCGCAAUCACUACAGCUACCGGGGCGCACCGUGAGCCGCGCUCCGCACCGGGCUCCCUAUGGAACACCGGCUCCCUAUGGAACACUGGCUCCCUAUGGAACACCGGCUCCCU